UAUCCCUGAUAAUCCAUGUGUACUAUAGCAUGGGCCCCGGUUGUUCCUCAAUGGGACCGUACCGGUCAUCCUUUCCUUUCAAUAUUUUGAAUGCAGACUCCGAUUGACUCAAAGAUCAACCUGAGUUGCAGUGCCACAGCGCUGAUUAAGAACAAGCGGUGAAAACACCGUGUGGUAAUUUGCUCGUUCCUGUGUAUUCGCGAAUCCCCAGGUAGUAUAGACUACUAUAGAGUAGGACAGACGGCCGCUACGGCCGCCAAGAAUCAAGACCUAAAGCAACCAAAACGGGUGCCAAUCCGGGCAAGGCAUUCAUCGCGCAGAGCUGCUAUUUUUCCUUUGCGAUUGAUACGAUAUGGUUGCGCUCAGUGCAGGUAAAUCCCUUGAUGUAGCAGCUGUAGAGAAGUGCAGGAAUGCGGUUCUGGAAACCAUGCGGGUCUUGGAAAUCGACCCGUUGACCAUUGUUCCCUUCGAACAGACACCAACUUUCAAACCGUUCGUCGCAGAGUGUGUUGAAGCUGCUCGCCAACGCGGGUACCUCGUCGAUGAACUCGCUUUCCAAGAAAAGCAUGUUCAUAUCGGAGCAGCAGUCGGGCAUUACACAUACCUUCACCAUAGAGGCACCAAGAGCCACGACAUCGCCGUACUUUCCUCAUUGCUAAUGGCUUUCUACUACUGCAUUGACGACUACUGCUUCAAAGCUCGGUCCCUCGCGGAGUACGGGGCCCGCGUUGCUUCAGGACGACCCCAGCUUGAAAAAGGACUAGACGAUCUGGUAUCGUUGAGCGCAGAGAUUUCCGAAAUGUACGAUCCUAUUACAGGCGACCUGCUUCGCAUUUCUACCCAAGCAUAUGUCAUGGGCAACCAUUUAGAACGAGAAAUGUGUGGUACCCGUUCACAGUGGGAAGUAAACAAAGACGCACCAUUUUUCCCUACGCUCAUGAAAACCAUUACAUCUGCUGCCACAUCGCUUUUCCUGUUAUCUUUUCCUUGCGACGUACCAGGAAUCGAUUAUAUCCAGGCACUCCCCGACGGAAUUUGGGUUCAUGAUAUCACAGCAGACGUCAUGUCAUACUACAAAGAGGCUAUCGAAGGCGAGUUCAAUCGAGUAGAGCAGGCCGCCCAGUUGCAUGGCUUAUCAGGACCAGACAUGCUUGGGGUGUUCGUUAAGCAGAUGACACAAAGUCACGAAAGGGUUUCUCGCGUCCUCUCAACUUCUGACCCGUCAGGAAAACUCUUGUCGUGUUAUAUGAGCACCAUUGUGGGCUUCAUAAUUUUCCAAGCGUUGCAUCCUCGGUAUAAAAUGACGGACUUGUUGGGAGUGUCGACCUCGCCAUCAUUUGCAUUUGGAUUGCGAGCAAACUCAGCGAAGUCAAAACCACAGUUAAUCACGCACCUUGCAUCUGUUCCGGGGCGAAACCGAAUAUCAAUCAAUCAUUUCAUUUAUCUAUUUUUCAUUAUCUUAUCGUCUUAUCUUUCUGUGAUCUGGUAUCCAACUCUUCUUUCAAACAUCCUUGUAAAAUAGGUUUAGAUAAAUUUCUCUGUAUGCCCAAGGACAUUUUCAAUUACAACUGCCAAGCCU